UCUUUCCCAUUCCCAUGUCUGUUUGUUCGAUUCAAACAAAGCCUUAACGAUAAACAUAAAAUUCCUCGCCAGCUCGUAGAAACGAACGAACAAAGGUUUUCCUGUGCUCCGAUGAUGACUAAGCAGUCUCAAUCCCACUUCCUCUUGUAAUCUCAUCAUAUUCCUACAAAUUCUUAUCCUUUACUCAGUAAUCUGUUUGUAUUUCUUCCUCAUUCUGGUCCCUUCAUUCAUAAUAUCUUGGAAUUAUUGAUACUCAACAAUGGGUAGUGCAUCAUCAGUGCUGACUCAGUAUGAUAUUGAAGAAGUUGAGGAACACUGUGAUCAUCUGUUCACCCAGCAAGAAAUAGUGUCUCUGUAUGAGAGGUUUUGCCAGCUUGAUAAAAAUGCAAAGGGGUUCAUAUCAGCAGAUGAGUUCUUAUCAGUACCAGAGUUUGCACUGAAUCCACUUUCUCAUAGGUUGCUUAAGAUGGUGGAUGGCUUGAACUUCAAGGACUUUGUUGCUUUCUUGUCUGCUUUCAGCUCUAAAGCAACUCUACCACAGAAAAUUGAAAUUAUCUUCAAAGUAUAUGACACUGAUUGCGAUGGGAAAGUUACUUUCAGUGACCUAAUAGAAGUGCUCCACGAUUUGACUGGCCCAUUUAUGUCAGACAAGCAACGAGCGGAAGUUCUAAGUCAGCUGUUGCAUGAAGCUGGUUACACAAGAGAAUCUUCUCUCCUGUUCGAUGAUUUCAUUAAGAUACUGGACAGUCCCGGUCUGAAAAUGGAGGUGGAAGUCCCAGUAGAUUAGCCAAGUGCUGUUCUUCAACUCCAAUCUAUGAGCAGAAAGAUAAUUCAUCCACUUUGUAUAUAUACAUUGUAGUAUCAUUGACCAUCGUGUUGCUUUCUGUUUUAAUAUGGUGAGAAAAAGAAACUUUUCAAUAACCGAUGAUGGACAACAAGCAUGUAUUUGCAAUAAAUCUAUGCUUAGUUUA